AUGAAAAGCAGGGAAGUCCUUGCUCAUCUGUUCGCAUCAUGUAACAGCGGCAAAUCAGUGGCGCAAUUGCACUCUCAAACCCUCAAAGCCGGCCUUUCCCAAGACAGUUUCUUUGCCACAAAACUCAACGCUCUCUACGCUAAAUAUGAUUCCCUCGGUCAUGCCCGCAAGGUGUUCGACGAAACGCCCCACAGAACUGUAUAUCUCUGGAACGCCACGCUCAGGAGCUAUUGUAGAGAGAAUCGAUGGGAGGAGACCUUGUGUCUAUUCCAUAAAAUGAUGUCUGAGUCAAGAGACAAUGAUGAAAAGCUCUAUAAUUUCACCAUUCCCAUUGCUCUCAAGGCGUGUGCAAGGUUAAGGGCGCUUGCGUGUGGAAAAAUAAUACAUGGGUUUGUGAAGAAACAUGAGAAGGUAGCAUUGGUUAUGUUUGUGGGUUCUGCGUUGAUUGAAUUGUAUUCCAAAUGUGGAGAAAUGAGCGAGGCUGUAAAAGUGUUCGACGAGUUUUCGCAACCGGAUGUGUUUUUGUGGACUUCUAUGGUUACUGGAUAUGAGCAGAAUGGUGAUCCUGAAGAAGCAUUGGAGUUUUUCUACCGAAUGGUGAUGGAUGCGAGCAUUACUCCUAACCGAGUGACGCUUGUUAGUGCUGUUUCAGCUUGUGCUCAGUUAUCAAAUUUUGCAAUUAGAAGUUGUGUGCAUGGUGUUUCUAUUAGGAACGGAUUCGACUCUGAUUUAUCUUUGGGUAAUGCGUUACUAGAUCUCUAUGCAAAGGCGGGUUCUGUCAAAACUGCCGCUAGGUUGUUCACGAAGAUGCCAGAAAAAGAUAUGGUUUCUUGGAGCUCCAUGAUUGCCUGUUACACUCAUAAUAGGGAUGUAAUAGAAGCGCUAAAUCUUUUCAACGAAAUGAUUGAUAUGAGAAUCGAAUCCAAUUCUGUGAUGCUGUGCUCUGCACCUGUAAAAGCAGGUGAUCUCUUCAGUAGAAUGCCAAAGAAAGAUGUGUUUUCGUGGGCUGCCUUGUUAAGCGGGUAUGCUCAUAACGGAAUGGCAUACAAGUCAAUUGGGGUCUUUCGUGACAUGCUAUCAGACCAAACUCAGCCUGAUCCCGUUGCUAUGGUCAAGCUUCUUACAGCCUGUUCGGAAUUAGGGAUUCUUCAACAAGCUCUUUGCCUCCAUGCUUAUGUGAUUAAAUGCACCUUCAAAAAUAACAUCUUUGUUGGAGCUUCACUCAUGGAGUUAUACUUGAAAUGCGGCAGCAUAGACAAUGCUGUCCUAUUAUUUGAAGGGAAAACAGACAAAGAUGUUGUUAUCUGGAGCGCAAUGAUUGCAGGUUAUGGAGUUCAUGGACAAGGAGAAUAA